AUGGUCUCUGCUGUUCCAAUCCUCAUAGGGACCAACUUCUCAGAAUGGAAAGAGAAAGUUGAGUUCACAUUAGGAGUACUUGAUCUGGAUUUGGCACUUCGUCAAGAUGAGCCAAAUCCAGUGACUGAUGAAAGUACUGAGGAAGAAUAUCAACUCCAUAAAGCAUGGGAGAGAGCGAACAGACUGAACAUAAUGUUCUUAAGGAUGACAAUUGCUAGUAACAUUAAAUCUUCCCUUCCAUCUGCAGAUAAAGCUAAGGCUUAUCUUGCAGCCAUAUAA